AUUGCAGGAGACAAUUGGGAUCAGGAAGAAAGUUGAUGCUCGAAAUGUUAUAAAAUAAAUAACAACACGCAUAUCUGAUCCCUACUCCUUUAAAACAAACGAAGGCCAACUCGGAUUGCGAACUUACUGCAACUGAGAUCGCAGAGACAUGUUGAAUUGUGAAUUUGUUAUAUAAAUAUUUAACGUUCGGUGUAUUUCCAUGAUGAUCACUUUAUUUCUGAUAUUGGGAUCGUCGGUGAUUCUGAUUUACUAUUUCUUCAUUAAACCUCAACUUUAUUGGAAGGAUAGAAAUGUCACGCAAGGAUCACCGGUUCCCAUCUUCGGAGAUAAUUCGAGGACUCUUUUGAGAAAGGAAUCCUUCUUGGACAUGGUCAAGAGGACUUACAUGCGUUUCCCAAAUGAGAGAUAUACAGGAAUGUAUCAGAUGACGCGUCCGACACUGAUACUGCGUGAUCCUGACCUCAUCAAGCAGAUCACUGUCAAAGAUUUCGAGUAUUUCACGGAUCACAGGAGCUUUAUUCCCGAUAAAUCCGAUCCUUUGUGGAAUAAAAACUUAUUCGCUCUCAAAGGUGAAAUAUGGCGUGAUAUGAGGGCAACGCUGAGUCCGGCUUUCACAAGCAGUAAAAUGCGAGCAAUGUUCAACCUGAUCAACGAUUGCGCCAAAAAGUUCGUAAAUUUCCACUUGGAAGCAAGCAAUAACGGUGAAAUUACGAUGGAGAUGAAGGAUAUCUUCACGCGUUACUCAAACGACGUUAUAGCAACGUGUGCCUUUGGAGUAACAUGCGAUUCGCUGAAGGAGCCGAAGAACGAAUUCUACGUUAUGGCUAGAGAGGCGUCCGACUUCACGACUUUAAUUAAGAGUCUAAAAGUCCUACUGUUCAUACUACUACCAAAAAUCGCCAAGGUUCUCAAUAUCGCUUUGUUCAAAGAACAUGUUAAUAGGUUCUUCAAAAAUCUUGUGAAGGAAACUAUCAAGAUGAGAGAAGAUAAUGGGAUUAUAAGACCGGAUAUGAUCAAUUUGAUGAUGGAGGCGAGGAAAGGCAGAUUGAAGCAUGAGGAGGAAACGAAUUUUAAUGAAACCGGUUUUGCUACUGUUGAAGAAUCAGAUAUUGGAAAGAUGAAAGUAAAAAAGCAUGAAAUCACCGAUGACGAUAUUACAGCUCAAGCGUUGAUUUUUUUCUUCGCCGGAUUCGAAACUGUAUCUACUUUGAUGUGUUUCAUGGCAUACGAACUUGCAGUCAACCCUGACAUCCAAUCAAAACUUAUGAAAGAAGUUGAUGAGACCUACGCCGAAUGCGAUGGAAAAUUGACAUACGAGAAGUUGUCUACUAUGAAGUACAUGGACAUGGUAAUUUCUGAAACGUUAAGGAAGUGGCCUUCUGCCAUUGCAACUGAUCGUGUAUGUGUUAAACCAUACACAAUACCUGCAGUUAAAGAAUCUGAAAGCCCUUUGCAUAUUAAGGUUGACGACGUUCUGUGGGUGCCCAUCGUUGGUAUCCAUUAUGACCCUAAAUAUUACCCGAACCCAGACAUAUUUGAUCCAGAACGGUUUAGUGAGGAGAAUAAACACAACAUCAAUUCAAAUACGUAUUUACCGUUCGGGAUUGGUCCAAGGAACUGCAUCGGUUCACGCUUCGCCCUAAUGGAAACCAAAACCGUAUUCUUUCAUAUCCUUUCCAAAUUUGAGAUCACCGUUACAUCAAAGACUGUAAUUCCUGUACGGAUCAGUAAGAAACAAUUUAAUCUUACCUCGGAUGGAGGUUACUGGCUGGGACUAAAACCAAGAAAAUAGUUAUUUUACAAAUUGAAAUUUUGUUAACCGUGUCAACAAAUAUCACAUAAUGUAUAAAAUUGUAUACAUAGGAUUUUAUGUUAAUAGUGAUAGCUUUAAAUACAUAUUACUUCUAUUCAAAUAACUAAUUGGAUUAAAAAACGUUGUUGGUAUAGCAUGUUCACUAACAAUAUAAAAGUAUAAUUAAAAGAAAGUAAACACUGCGUACAAGUAGUUUGUAAGAUAGAUUCCACUAUGUAAACUAUUUGUAUUUUUGCAAGUACAUCCCGGACUAAUUGAAGAACUAAUUGCAUAAAGUGUAAACAAACGAUUUAUGUAAACUAAAAUAAAUUUGUUCAAACCAGACUAUAGUGAAUACACACUGAUCGAAAUCUGACUAUGCGAGGUUAAGUAAUGACUACAUUAUUGACCACUACAUCUACUACUUAUAUAUUUUUUCUUCUAGUGGAUCACAUGGAGUAGAUUCCGUCCUUUUCGUUUGGUCAUAAUCAAUGUAUUAUAUUUGUAAUCGUUAAAUUACGUAUUUUACAUUAUUGCAUCAUGAAACAAAAACAGU